GAUGGGCGGGCAAAUUUAGUUAAGCGUAACAUCAACUGUAAUGAGGAUAACUGUUUGUUUAUCCGGAGAUUCAUUUUUUCCACUGGAGGUUUCAAAUAGCACUUUAAUAUCUGAACUCAAAAUGCUUAUUGAGGUUGAAAGUGGCAUAUCUGGAGUUGAUUUUGAACUAUCAAAAGAAGGACAGGUUUUAUGCGUUCAGUCAACUACCAAUAUCGAAAAGGCAGGAAUCAAAGAUGAGGAUCUUCUUUUUGCCACUCCUAUCCCAAGACGCAACAUGAAUGAAUCGAAGAGUGACGGUUCGUCACGUACAGUUCCUUUGUUAGAUUUUAAGUCAAUCAAGGUUCCAGGUUCAUCGGGCUCUGGGAUACCUGAAGCUAUUCGCAAGCAUUUUCUAACUGGUGCUGCCCGUCAGCUGUCUAUAUUGCGUGAACGAAAUCCAGAGUUGGCUGCCGUCAUUAAUGACCCAGUUGCCUUUAAAAGGGUUUUUGAAUCACAACAGAGUACUGCUCGUCAGCAUCGGGAGGAGCUUGAAAACUUAUUGUCUGCAGAUGCUCUAAAUCCAGCAGUUCAAGAAAGAAUAGCUGAGCUUAUAAAACAAAAUAAUAUUGACAUGCAAAUGGAAAGUGCUCUGGAAUAUUAUCCGGAAACAUUUGGCCAAGUUUCAAUGUUAUUUAUCAAUUGUAAAAUUAAAGAUCAAAAUAUUAAAGCAUUUGUUGAUUCUGGAGCACAGAGUACAAUUAUGAGUGAGGAUUGUGCACGACGUUGUAAUUUAGAUUCAUUAAUUGAUAAAAGAUGGGCUGGGAAAGCUUAUGGUGUUGGAACACAAACUAUAAUAGGUCGAGUUCAUAAUGGAUUAAUAGAAAUUGGAGGUAUAUUCAUUCCGACGUCUUUCAUUGUACUAAAAGAUCAAUCUAUGGAUCUGCUCAUUGGUUUAGACAUGCUCAAACGUCAUCAAUGUUGCAUUGAUCUUAAGCGUAAUGUUUUAAUCAUUGAUGGCCGUAUUGAAGCGCCUUUUCUACCAGAAUCUGAAAUUCCAUUGUCCUUAUCAAAUCCAUCUAUUCUGGAUAAUGAAGAUACAGAUGAAACGUUUGAUGAAUCACAAAAGUUAAAAAUCCAAGUACUUGUUGAUCGUGGUAUUACUCGUUCCAAAGCAAUCGAUGUAUUACAUCGUAAUCAAUGGGAUUUAGAUGCAGCUUUAGCUUCUCAUCUUCACAGUAUGUUUGGUCAAUCUAGAUAAUAAAUUGGAAUAUGAAUUGCUGACUAUCUAUCCAUCCAUCUAUCCAUCUAUCAGUUUAUUGUUCUUCUUAAUUAAUUUUCUGUUUUUUUUUCUUUCUGAAAAUAUAUUCAGGGGUUUUGCUAUUAGUCAAUUUUGUUUCUUAUUCAUCUGUAUUAUUUUAUUCUGACUUAUUUAUUAGUCUGUAUGAAUAAAGCAAACAAGUUAAUUUGGUUAUUCCUUAUCGUUGAUACUUGUAUUUUUAUUGAAAAAAGGAUUGUUUCUUUUUGAAUAAAAAACAAUUCUAAGAAAAUUGUUGAAUUUGUCAGUUUUUUUUAUUAUAUUAUUAAUGUAUGUUAUUUUAUACUUAUUUCUGUCAAUCUAAUAUCGAACUCUCUGUUUUGUAUAUCUUUAUUUUGAACAGAAAGGUUGUAUAGUUCCAAAAUUAUAUUUUUAUGUGUUCUCUAAGAAGUUACUUAAUUGUUUGAGUUCUAAAUAUACAAAUUUAAAGGUGUAUAUCUAGGGGGAUUCAUAUAAGAAUUCGAGAAGUAUCAAAGAUUUAUAACUUUACAAUAAUGAUGUUGCUUUCAAUUAUUAAUCUUACUAAUGAAUCAGUUAAUAAGUCGUUCGAUUUUCAUGAUGUAAAUCUUAUAGUUGUUAUUUAUUUAUGAUUAUUAAAAAUUUCAUUAAGU